AUGAACACAAGAUGGCUGCCAGGAGGCUACGCCGGAGUCGAUAUUUUUGUUGUCAUUUCUGGAUAUGUUGUGACUGCGUCUCUGCUCAAUCACUCGUGCGGCAGCUGCUCGGAGUUCUUCUGCGGUUUCUACGCCCGCAGGGUCAAAAGGCUGACCCCAGCGUUGCUAAUUUCCACGGCGUCCUGUGGACUCUACAUCGCCAUCAUGGUACCGCCCAUGACUCCUCACCUGGAGGACAACUUCGCAGCCGCCGCCAGUGCGCUCUGCGGCGCUUCCAACGUGUUCUUCGCGCGGCUCUCCCAGGCGACUGGCGACGGCUACUGGGACGAGAUGACGGGGCAGAGCAGGAACGCCGCCAAUCCAUUCGUGCACACCUGGUCUCUUGGCGUAGAAGAGCACUUCUACCUCGUGUUUCCCCUUCUCGUCUUGCUCGCGCACGGCUGCCGAGUUGUUGCCUCGGCUGGCUGCCGUCCGCCAUGGCCGGCAUCCCUCAUCAUCUUUGGGGCGUCCGUUGUGCUCUCCGGUUGUGCAUCGCGGGUGAUGACCGUGCACGUCCCAGACAUGGCCUUCUAUCUGCUGCCCGCGCGCUUCUGGGAACUGGCGGUCGGCGCCAUCCUCGCCGACGCCCACGCUGCUGGGAGGCUGGACAUGACAGCGGACGGGAGAAGCGCAGCAGUGGUGGGGGCUCAGGACCUGGUGGCCACACUGCUAAUAGCCUCGAGCCUCGUGCUUGACACGGUCGGCGUGGGCUUCCCCUUUCCCGGCGCGCUGCUUCCCGUGGCGGGCGCCGCUUGCGUCAUCAUGGCAGGGCGGUGCGAGUCGAGCGCCCUGAGACGCGUCUAA